AGCACCCACCCGGGCGCCCCGGGAGCCGGUGGGCGGCGGCCCUCGCCGGGAACCCUCCAGCGGGCCCAGGGGGUAAGUGAGGCAGCAUUUCCUUCUCCCACUGCUGCUGAGAUGGCGGAAAUUAGUCGAAUUCAGUAUGAAAUGGAAUACACCGAAGGUAUUAGUCAGCGAAUGAGGGUCCCAGAAAAAUUAAAGGUGGCACCACCAAAUGCUGACGUGGAACAAGGAUUCCAAGAUGGAGUUCCAAAUGCUAGUGUAACAAUGCAGGUUCCAGAGAGGAUUGUUGUGGCAGGAAAUAAUGAAGACAUUCCAUUUUCAAGACCAGCAGAUCUUGACCUUAUUCAGUCAACUCCCUUUAAACCUUUGGCAUUAAAAACACCACCUCGUGUACUUACACUAAGUGAAAGACCACUAGAUUUUCUGGAUUUAGAAAGACCUCCUUCAACCCCUCAAAAUGAAGAAAUCCGUGCAGUUGGCAGGCUAAAAAGAGAGCGUUCUAUGAGUGAAAAUGCUGUUCGCCAAAAUGGACAACUGGUCAGAAAUGAUUCCAUGUGCCGUCUGCAGUGAUGUCAGUAGACCUACGGAAUCCAUUUUUCUAGGAUUUUUCUGUAUAUGUCAUACAAAUAGUGAAAAGGCUACAAAGUUUAUGGAUAAGGUAGUGUCAUGAUAUUUAGUACCCUAUCAAAAUACUUAAAUAUACACCUAAGGACUUUAGUUUUUUCCUACUUAACAGUAUUUUUUAAAGCAGCAAAGGUUUCUAAUAAAUUUUUCUACUAUAUAAAGAUGUGCCGCCUUAUUUAGGUCUGUUAUUAUUUUGACAUUUCAUGAUAAUGGAAAAAAAAAAGACUAAUUUAGUAGAGCAUCACUUUGUUUUUUUCUCACAAAUUAUGUUAUUGAUAACCGAGUUAAGCCAAACAGAAAGGAAGCAGCUCUGUUAUGUAUGAAAGCCACCCCAGUGACAUAUGAUUUAGAGUAGAUGACUAGCAGAUGUUUUUGCAGUUACCUGAUAAGUUCCUCAUAACAGAAAAGAUUAACAGUGUAGCUAAUACUUCUUUUUUCUUUUAUUUUAACUUAUAUUAAUGGCAUUUUCUGGAUGUUUGACAAAAUUGAAAAUCUCAUGUAUUGUU